GUAGCGACGCCUCGAUGACGUCGACGGCUCGAUUCUAAAAAUUUGUCGACGUCAGAUCCGGUAGUCGACGCACCGCGCCCACUUGUUGCAUCCACAGGAGUUUGUAAAUAGAGGUGGAAUCUGCCUGUUUUUCCUCCUCUAGUUCGCCCUCUUCUCCGCCUUCACUAACAUCUCCACCAAAUACCGAAGACCCGGAAUAAUGUCCGUCCGCUACUAGAUUCCUUUCCUGUUUUGACCGCCUUUGUCUCCCGGCAACGGACAACAACUUCCGGGGUCAGAUGCGCUGCUCCGUCUCUACCGCAGAUGUAGAACAUCACCGGGAGCGUUUCUCCCUUCAUGAGGGAGCUUCUUUCAGACAUUAGGAGAGCUGUUUUGGUGUUAGCAGUCUCUCCUCCGUGCUGGUCUGUUUGCUGCUGGGUAUUUUUGGUUUAUUUAAACUUGGUAACUUGAACUUAACGUUGGUAAAGCUACUGUUAGCAUGUUCGCUAACAGCUUCUUGCGUUUGGAUAAGCUGUUACGUUUUGGUUUAGAGUUAAUCUUUUUUUGUGGCGUAGAUCUCCCUUUUAUUACAUUUAGAGUGUUGUGGGUUUUCGGUUUAGUUUAAAAUAUCACCUUUAGUUUGGUUUAACCACCCAGUUUAGAGUUGGACCUUUGGACAUCCUUAUUUUGGUCCAGAACCCAGUAAUCUUUGCCCAGUGUGACAUUCCUAGUUAUUUGUAUUUUUGUUUUAAUUCCCCACAGGCAUAAUUAGUUUUAUUAUUCCCAACCUGUGGAUGGAAAGGUUUAUGUUUUUUUGUAGUUGUAAAUAAACCUGAUCAUCAUUUUAACUUUUAAAUCCUGUUAUUGUCCCUUCCUUUUUGCACAUGAGCCAAACUCCCCAGGAAGGGUUGUAACACCACUCGCCUCACGCACAUUACUGACCAAAACAAAGUAGCAUGGAGACACUCCAUCUUCAACCACCUCUCAGGCAGCAGCCUGCACUCCCAAGUUCUACACGUCACCAGAACAUAACCAACCGCAACACAAUAAAAGCAGUGUUAUACAAAAUGGAAGGCCUGUAGUGUUUAUUCUCUUACAGUAACAAUUUAUCAAUUUUUUUGAGGAUUUUAUUAGAGAUUUUGUCAGAAAGGGUUAUAGUUAUGGCAGUUUUACAAGAUACAUUUGUAAAGUUACCCCACUCUUAUUUUGGUGGUCCAGUUUGUGACAUCACUUCCUCUAGAUAGUCACUUCCUGUAAAGCCGUUUCUACCAUUUUGUCUAAGCUGUUGGUGAUGGCAGACAGCCGCGUGUGCGUUCAUGACUGAUAUACCACACGGAACCACAGAAAUGUACAGAUGUCCAUACUUCAACUGUCAUUAAAUACGUAAAACUGUCUCUCCGUGCCCUGCUCUCUGACCGGAGCCCUUAUCUUGAAGAUACUGUCAGAUCAGCAAAUAACUUCCAGAGUUCCCACUCUAUCACAUGGUCCUUCGAGCCGGAUCCACAGUCAUCUAGAGAUAUUAUGGAGGAGCUAGGACAACCAUCUGACCCAGCAGUGCGUUCUAGAUCCCAGCGGGAGAGACGACUACCAACGUAUUUGGAGGACUAUGAAGUUGGAUACCAACCUCAACUUCUCCAUCAUCCAGCAGCCCAAGCUCCAGCUGGGCAUGAAGCUCAUCCUCCAGAUCAACCUGCAAUGAUGACAGCUGCCAUCACUGAAGCCAUACCUAGCCUACCUAGUUGGAGAGCAUCAUCAGAUCGAAGCCAACCUGUCUCUCAGCGCAGUAAAGCUAAGACCCAGGGCAGCGCCAGUUCGUCAACAAGGAGGUCAAUCAUCGAUGGGUUAUCUGACAUACAGACAGCCAUGUUGGAGGAGAGAAUAAAGCGCAUGGAGUUGGCAGAGGUGCAAAGACAGAUAAUGGAGGAAAGUCUGAUGGAUGAACAGUACCAGCAUCUGGACCAGCAAGCUCGGGAAGCCCUCAGAAGAAGAGAGGAACUCCUAAGAGAACAAGAAAUACAGAGGCGUAAGCUUGAUGAAGAGGCAGAAAUAGCAUUAAAGGCAAAGGAGGCUAUUACCAGACGGCUAAUGCUGCAACGCAAACUAAAGGAAAAGGAAAUAGAGUUCGAGAAAGCGACUCUCAUUACAUCCCUCCUGAAGGAGGAAACAAGCAGCUCUGUUGCCUCAAGACCGCAAAGUGGAGAUGAAUCCAACAAAGGGUCCCCAGCUGACGUCAUGGGAGUACCACCACCCUCACAAGGUGCACAUGGACCUGCACACUCUGCUCCUACAGUUAUUGGCCCUCCACCAGCCUUUACAGCAGCAGUGCCUAAUCCUCCUGUCUCAACAAGCCAAUUAACAACUAGAGCUUCACCUGUCCUUCAACCGCAACCUCCUGCCAUGGUAAACCUGCCGACCCAGCCACAAUUCACAUACUCCACGAUAGCUCCGCCCACCACAGCACAUACCAUCCCUCAGCCUGGUACGACACUAUCAGUUGGUGCUAUAUUACCUCGUGCUGGACCACCAGCCUUAACAGUGCAGUCCACUGCUCCCCUAAACACGCUACCAGCAGUCUAUAACCAGGCUCCACAUCAGCAUGUACCCUGGUCUUAUUCACAACAACAGCCAGUACAACCUGAUGCAGCCCUGCAGCAUCACUCUCCUCCCAGCAUACCACCUUUGCCACAAGAGACAGCUCCUCCUCCAGGCUCAAUCGCUGCACCUAGUACAGACAUAAUGGAGCUAUUAAUAGCUACUUCAUAUGGACUUCCUAAGCCUGCUUUACCCUACUUCACAUCUGGAAGAGAGGCAGACUUUGCACUGCUCAAGAUGGCUCUAGAUAACCUGCUAAGCUCACAUGCUCACCUCACCGAACCAUUUAAAUAUCAAGUGUUGUUGCAGCAUUUGAAGCUGCCUAGUGCUCACAAGCUAGCACAAGCCUUUAUGUAUGACCCGAAACCAUACACAUCGGCCCUACAGGCACUUCAAGAUAAAUACGGGCAAUCCCGCCAGCUUGUGCAAAGUGAGCUAGGAGCCAUCCUAAACUUACCUCCAGUUAGGGUUGGUGAUCCAGAUGGAUUUGACAAUUUUGCCCUCUCAGUACAAGCUUUAGUAGGCAUGCUCCGAUCGCUAGAGGGUGAAAAUGGCUACGAACUCAAAUGUGGCUCUCAUGUUGAUAGGCUACUUAACAAAUUGCCCGCUAACUACAGAGACAGCUUUGUUGAGUAUAGCUUGAAUCGUGGCAUUCUGACAACUGGGACUGAUAAGACUUAUACCCUGUCAGAUUUCUCCACAUGGCUCCAGUUGAAAUCACAAGCCAAGCGAAUCGCCGCUAGAGCAGCGUACAUGUGUCAAGAUCAACCAAAGCUGAGGAAUCAGAAGAAACCUCAAGGUCCUUCAUCCAAUGUGUACUACAACACAGAGAGCCAGGCUAAAGCCACACCUCCAGAUCCAGCUGGCCAUAUAAGAUCACCUAAGCCUAAAUCAGGUCCUAAACCUUACUGCCCUUAUUGUGACGACAGAGGACAUUACCUGAGCCUGUGUCCUAAAUUCAAAGCUCUUUCAGCAGCUGAAAUUGCCACAUGGAUCAAACACAGAAGCUGCUGGCGGUGCGGCAGGAAUCAUGCACCUGAGGUUUGCACUCUAAAGAAGCCCUGUAAAUUAUGUAAGCAACAACAUCUUACUGUGCUCCAUGACGUGUGCCCUCAAGAACCUAAAAAGGUGUUAAUGGUCAACGCUGCUCCCAAUACAGUGUACAUUGACCGUCCAAAUCGCCCAAAUAAAGUCAUGCUCAAGUUGGUCAAAGUAUGUCUACACAAUGCUGAGUAUUCCCUGGAAGGCUUUGCUAUCCUCGAUGACGGGUCCGAGAGGACUCUUAUCCUCCCAUCAGCAGUGCGAUGCCUCCAUCUGACUAAAAAGCCUGAAAACCUUCCCCUGCGCACUGUCCGCCAUGAGGUGAUUCACCUUCAGGGAGCAACAGUUUCAUUUGAAAUAUCUCCAGUUCACACUCCCAAAGUAAAGUACAGCAUUCACCAUGCCUUCACUGCUGAUGAACUAAGUCUCUCAGAACACAGCUACCCUGUAAAGUCACUCAUGCGAAAGUACUCCCAUCUGGGAGGACUUCCACUUCCACUUGUGGACAGAGUGCAGCCUUUACUUCUUAUUGGGUCUGAUUUCCCUCAUCUACUCAUCCCUAGGCAACCAGUAAUAGCUGGCCCACCUGGGAGCCCCCUAGCAGUGUGCACUCCUCUUGGUUGGACAUUACAAGGCCCAGCCAACUUCAGUCCUGUUUCUGCUGACCACCCACACUGCUACUUCACCACGUCUCCCAACUCAGAGCUCCAGCGCCAUGUAGAACGUCUGUGGGAAGUUGACAUCUCGCCUUAUGUGAACAUAAAGACUGCCACGUGUUCUAAAGAGGAUCAACAGGCUGUGGACCUGUUAGAGCAACGCACCACUAAAGUGGAAGUGGAUGGAGUGACUAGAUAUGCUACUCCACUUCUCAGGCGCAAGGAUAGUCCCCUCCUCUGGGCAUCAAAGAACACUUUGCUCCCACAGCUACGUAGUACUGAACGUCGUCUAGCUAAAGAUCCAGCUCUGGCAGAUACCUACUGUCAAGAAAUCCAUAAACUUGAACAGUUAGGUUAUGCCAAACCCCUUCCUUCAGCUACAGUAGACAGCUCCCAGGAGUCAUGGUAUCUGCCUCACCAUGCUGUCCACCAUAAUGGAAAGGCAAGAAUUGUCUACAACUGUUCCUACCAACACAAUGGACACUGUCUAAACAGCCAGCUCCUGCCCGGGCCGACCCUAGGUCCUUCACUUCUCUGCGUACUUCUUCGGUUCCGAGAACACAGUGUGGCUGCCAGCGGUGACAUCAAAGCAAUGUUCCACCAAGUUUGCUUACUACCAGAAGACAAACCGCUGCUCCAUUUCUUGUGGAGAGGUAUGAAGAGAGAGGAGGAACCAACUGUAUAUGAGUGGCAGGUUCUGCCAUUUGGAACAACGUGCAGUCCUUGCUGUGCAACAUAUGCCCUCCAGAGGCAUGUGAAGGACAACAGUAAGGGGCAUGAAGACAUCCUGCAUACAGUUGAAAGCGCACUUUAUGUGGUCAACUGUCUAACAAGCAUCACCACUGCUGAUAAAGCUAAAGCCCUAGUUGACCGACUGCGCAGUCUGCUCUCUGCUGGAGGGUUCGAUAUAAGGCAGUGGGCCAGCAACGAUCCAACUGUUUUGGAACACCUUCCUGCUGAAGCCAAAGCAGCUAGUUCCGAGCUGUGGCUUUCCCAAUCCCGACAAGACCCAGAGGAACCAGCUUUAGGCCUACGUUGGAACUGCCUCUCUGAUCACCUCGGCUACAGACACCGACCGGUAGAGUAUUCUCAGCCGACCCUGAGAAACAUCUACAAGGUGAUGGCCACGCAGUAUGACCCACUGGGGUAUCUUAUCCCAUUCACCACUCGAGCCAAGAUCCUCAUCCAGGACCUGUGGAAAGUGGGAGUCGACUGGGAUGAGCAGAUUCGACCCAAGGCUCUACUGGAAAUAUGGACACAAUGGGAGAGCGAGCUGGUCUACCUCCCACAAGUGGAAAUCCCAAGAUGCUAUGUUCCAGCAACCUUGGCCCCUGAAGUGCCUAACAGACAAGCGCACAUCUUCUGCGAUGCCUCCGAAAGAGCCUACGGAGCAGUCGAGUAUAUUCAAACUCCCGAUAACCAGGGCAAUGUUCACAUUGCAUUUAUGAUGGCUAGAUCUCGUGUUUGCCCUCGGAAACAGCUGUCAAUGCCACGCCUUGAAUUGUGCGCAGCUCUAGCCGGGGCUCAGCUAGCUAAGGUCACAAUGACAGAGCUGUCAUUCUCUCCCCAGCAGAUAACACUAUGGACCGACUCAACUACAGUGUUGACAUGGCUGAAAUCAGACUCAAGUCGAUACAAGGUUUUUGUUGGAACGAGGGUUGCUGAAAUUCAAGAACUUACCGAAGGGUCAACUUGGCGGUAUGUCAGCACCUCUGAUAAUCCAGCAGAUGACCUUACCCGCGGGAAGACACUCCAUGAGCUCAGUCAGCCCAACCGGUGGAGUCAGGGUCCACAAUUUCUUCACCAGCCUAUUGACACCUGGCCAGAGCUACAAAUGGAAGUAGCUCAGGAAGAAGAUGAGGAUGAGCUACGCAAGACAGUGUUUUGUGCAGCAGCUACCUGUCCUUCUCAUGAAGCUCCUCAUCAAGAAAUAUGA